AUGUGGGAGACCAACCAUGUAGUGGUGGCGGUUGAUAUGUACAAUGACAAGAUCGAGCACCUGCUCGGUGAUUCUCAUCCAUGGAGCGGCCGUAUGGAGUUUCACCAGUUUAACAUCAGCAAUGAUCCGCGUCUUGAAGGCAUUAUCAAGUCAUGUGACUUGACGGUUAAUUUGGCUGCCAUCUGUACUCCAGCGGAUUACAACACAAGGCCGCUGGAUACUAUUUACAGCAACUUCGUCGAUGCUCUCCCCGUGGCCAAGUUCUGCUCAGAUUUCAAAAGAAGACUGAUCCAUUUCUCCACCUGUGAGGUCUAUGGCAAGACGGUUGGAGCAUUUUUGCCUCCUGACAGCAACAUGCGCAAUGAUCCCCAGUAUUAUGUGCUGAAAGAAGACGAAACGCCUUGCAUUUUCGGCCCUGUGCAAAAGCAACGGUGGUCAUACGCUUGUGCAAAGCAGCUCAUUGAGCGGGUCAUCUAUGCUGAAGGGGCUGAAAAUGAUCUCAAAUUCACCAUCGUCCGCCCGUUCAACUGGAUUGGUCCCCGCAUGGAUUUUAUCCCGGGAAUCGAUGGCCCCAAGGAUGGUGUACCCCGCGUUCUUGCUUGCUUCAGCAAUCAACUUUUGCGGGGAGAACCGCUGAAGCUGGUUGAUGGUGGGAAGUCACAACGGACCUUUGUGUACAUCAAGGAUGCAAUCCGAGCCGUGAUGCUUAUGAUCGAAAACCCAGAGCGAGCAAAUGGACACAUUUUCAAUGUUGGGAACCCCAAGAACGAAGCUUCUGUUCGUGAACUGGCCACGAUGAUGACAAGGAUCUACUGCAAAGUGAGCAAGCAAUCAGAGCCUGCAACACCCACAGUUGACGUUACAUCAAGCGACUUCUAUGGAAAGGGUUAUGACGACAGUGACCGCCGAAUUCCAGACAUGACGCUUAUUCAGCAGCAGCUGGGUUGGGAGCCAGAGACUUCCUUGGAAGAGUUGUUGGAUGUGACCUUGACAUACCAGUACAGCACAUACGCUGAGGCUAUUCGACGGUCGAUGGCGCAGACAACUGCAGCAACCUGA